UUUUUCUAGUCCCAUCCCUGUUAGCCGACUUGGAGCUACAUAGCUUUAAAGAGGGCGUGCAGCGGGGUGAAUUUAGUUUAAUUGUUUUCACGGGUGUUACCUUCAAUAAUGUCAAAACCUCGGUUUGUAUGUGUAUGCUGGAGAGCUAAUUUAGACAGACGUUUCACACUUUUAACUCACUAUAAACAUCACCAAACUGACGAUGCAGGUAAGAGCGCAAAGCAGUGGUACUGGUCCCACGGCCUGUCACUGUCUAGUGUAGGCUACUGUUGAGUUCAAAAUCACCCAAAAAAGUAGGAAGACAUAGCGGACCAGACUCGAGCUUUUAUUUUGAAAAGGGGGGCGGCACCAGACAGGAGGUCAUGAGUCGGUGGACGUUGUCCGUUUCUCUGGAUAAACAAACAUACAACAAGUUAUUAAUAAGUCUAUCAGAGGUUCAGAAGAGACAGCUCACAAUGAAGACCUGGCUGGUUCUGGUCCUCCUGGGACUCAUGGUCCAGGACGCCGCAGCAGUGACUCACUCUCUGAAGCAUUUCUACACUGUGUCUUCUGGAGUCCCAAACUUCCCAGAGUUUGUGGUUGUUGGAUUGGUUGAUGGCGUUCAGAUAACUCGCUAUGACAGUAACACCAUGAGAGAAGAACUUAAACAGGACUGGAUGAGCAGAGUCACAGAAGAUGAUCCUCAGUUCUGGGAGAGGGAGACUGAGAUCUCUAAGGGUCACCAGCAGCUCUUCAAAGCCAACAUCCAAAUUGUAAAGCAACGCUUCAACCAAACUGGAGGCGUCCACGUUCUCCAGUGGAUGUACGGCUGUGAGUGGGACGAUGAGACUAAUGAGGUCAAUGGUUAUGAACACUUUGGUUAUGAUGGAGAAGACUUCAUAUCAUUUGACCUGAAGACGGAGACGUGGAUCGCUCCAAACCAACAGGCUGUCAUCACCAAACACAAGUGUGACCAUAACACAGCUGAGAUAGCUCAGAGAAAACACUACUUCACCCAGAUCUGUCCUGAGUGGGGGAAGAAGUAUGUGAACUAUGGGAGGAGCUCUCUGCUGAGAACAGAUCUUCCCUCAGUGUCUCUCCUCCAGAAGUCUCCCUCCUCUCCAGUCAGCUGCCACGCUACAGGUUUCUACCCUGACAGAGCCAUGAUGUUCUGGAGGAAAGAUGGAGUGGAGCUUCAUGAGGACGUGGACCUCGGAGAGAUCCUCCCCAACCACGAUGGAUCCUUCCAGAUGAGUGUUGACCUGGACCUUUCAUCAGUCCCAGCUGGAGACUGGAGGAGGUACGACUGUGUGUUUCAUCUCUCUGGUGUGGAGGACGACAUCGUCACCAAACUGGACAAAGCAGAGAUCAGGACCAACAGAGCCCGUCGACAGGAAACCUGGGAGGAUUCAGAGCUCUUCAGAUCCCAGCCGGCCUCUGACCUCGACCCCUCGGGCAAGAAACGCUACGUGGCGCCUCACGUCGUCUACCAAACGGGGAAGAAACCCGACGAGCCGUGCUCCAUCACCUCUUCUCUCAGCUACUUCCCCGAAGAAGAACCCGGCGAGGUCAACGUGACGGCUCCGCCCAAGUCUCCGCCCGCCAACGUCACCGUGGUGAUGGUGGAGGGAUGCCCGUCCUUCGUCAUCCUGGACUGGGAGAAGACGGACAACGACACUACCGAGUAUGAAGUCAUCUCCACCGUUGGCGAGCAGGUUUCCAUCCUGACCACCGACCAGACUCACACCUCUGUGGAGAACCUCAAACCUGAGACCAGUUAUGAGUUUAAAGUGAAGCCGAAGAACGUGCUGGGUGCAGGUCCUCCCAGCGAGCCGGUCUCCUUCGACACAGAGUCUGCUGAUCCUCGAGUGACCGACAACGUUUCAGGAAGAGACGCCAUCUGGACUCAGUUCCCCUUCCAGACGGACUCGUCCUCCGACUGUCUCGGGAAGCAGUACGUCAAGAGGACCUGGUACAGGAAGUUGGUCGGCGUCCAGCUCUGCAACUCGCUGCGCUACAAGAUCUACCUGAGCGACUCGCUCAAUGGUAAAUUCUACAACAUCGGGGAUCAGACUGGCUUCGGCGAGGAUCACUGUCAGUUCGUCGAUUCCUUCCUGGAUGGAAGAACAGGAGACCAGCUCCCAGCUGACCAGCUCCCCUCCAGACCCGGUUUCUACAGAGCCGAGCGUCAGGAGCCCGUCCACUUUGGACAGAUCGGAGGACACUCCCACAUCAACUACGUCUCGUGGUAUGAGUGCGGGACGCCCAUUCCUGGGAAAUGGUGAACAAACUUCACGUCCGUUCUCGGAGAAACUCCAGUCGGCCAGGCUGGGAGGCAGCGACAGCAGGAGACGCCUUCACGUUACCCAGAGCUGUAAGAACAUGUCCAGGACGUCCUGUUCAGGGGAUACUUCACAAGAGAGCAUCUUCAGAUAUAGCAAGCAGGCAAGGUACUGUUUUUAGUAUCACCUCUGUGGAGGUUCCCAGCAAGCUCAGGCGAUUGGUCGGAGAGAAUCGUCACUAAUCACUGCAUCAUCAUUGCUAUAGCGACAGACGGGGGUGUCCUGAACAAACCCGCCAUUUUUAAAUAGUUUUGCCAUCAGUGUUUUUUUUUGUUGCCUCCACACAUUUUGGUGCUUAUUUUUUAUGUGUCUGGCCCUUUUUUUGACAGUUGUGACCCCUUAUAUCGACAUUUCUGUGUUUUUCAACUUUGUGGUGCUUUUCCCACAUUUCUGACACUUUUCUUUCGAAGUUUUUGCCGUUUUUUCGAUAUUUGACCAACAAGUAUUGUCCGAGUGUGGCCAAGGGUAGCGCACGGCUAAUUCACCGGUGUGAGCUUCCUUUUGCAGGCUUUUAUAAAGACAAAGUGUAACAUGUUUUAAGAAAUAACAAAAUAUUCAAAAUAAAUAGGAUAACUACGUUUGGAAUUAUUGUUACGACUGAAAUGUAUUUGUUGUUAUUACCAUUUUGCAGCUAAAAUCUAAACAGAAAAGUGUAAAGGAUAUUUAACCAGUUAAGUGAGUGAGGAGCAUCUGAAACAAGUUGUCUUUCCUUUAUCCGGCAAAUGCACUACAUUUUAGAAGUACAACUUGUUUUUAUAAUAUUUAACAUUUUAGAUUUUGAGUAGAUUUUGAAAAGUAGAAAUGAAGACCCAAACAGUAAAAUGUAUUUCUAACCAGUGGAAGUGAGUAGUUGUGGCAGAAGAAGAUGUUCUGGCACUUACAACUGUGGCUUCUAAAAAUCAUGUAUUUUCUUUUAUAUUUCAGAUGAACCCACUCAACACAGUAAGUUCUUGUUUUGUAUGUAUUAAAAUGUUUACACUUUGAGGAGAAGAGCUUAUCUAUAUCCACUCACUGCAACAGCUUUUAUUCUGAUGAAAGUCAAGUGGACGUAAAAUGUGUUUUGUUCUUCACUUAAAAAUGACACCAGUCAGACAUGACUGCUCCCUUGAGGGAUGGGUUAAAUGCAGAGAAUGAAUUUCGCUACAUGUACGUGUAUGUGACAAAUAAAGUACCUUUACC